GAUACAGUACAGGUCCAGCUGCACAUUCCCGUCCUUGUUUUCUCCCUCUCGCGUGCACCUGGACGCCUCCGCUGUUGCUUCUUCCGUCCCCUCGUCUCUCUCCUCCUCGGCUCCUCGGUAAGAGAGAGAAGAGAGCCAGAAAUCCCCCCACAAGCGCGAGGAGGAGAGCUCGUCGGCGGCGGCGAGGACGACCAACCAUGGCGGCGGCCCCGUCGAGGUCGCGGGGCGACUACGACCACCUCAUCAAGCUGCUCCUCAUCGGGGACAGCGGAGUAGGAAAGAGUUGCUUGUUGCUGCGGUUCUCUGAUGAUACAUUCACAACGAGUUUUAUCACCACCAUUGGCAUUGAUUUCAAGGUUAGGACAGUUGAGCUUGAUGGAAAGCGUGUAAAAUUACAAAUUUGGGAUACUGCUGGUCAAGAACGUUUCCGAACAAUUACAACUGCUUACUAUAGAGGAGCUAUGGGUAUUCUUCUUGUAUAUGAUGUCACAGACGAGUCCUCCUUUAACAACAUUAGAAAUUGGAUUCGCAACAUAGAGCAGCAUGCAUCCGACAACGUCAACAAGAUCUUGGUGGGCAACAAGGUUGAUAUGGAUGCAAAGCGGGUGGUAUCCACAGCUCAAGGUCAGAAGCUCGCAGAUGAGUACGGGAUUAAAUUUUUUGAGACGAGUGCAAAAACAAAUCAAAAUGUAGAGCAGGUAUUCUUUACCAUGGCAAGGGACAUAAAGCAAAGGUUGACGGAAAGUGUUGCCGCUGCAACUGAGCCCCCAACUAUUCAGAUCAGUAGGCCAGAUCCAGAUCAGGCUGGUGCUGCCUCAUCGCGGUGGUCAUCCUGCUGUAACACCUGAUCAACGCAGUGGCAAAAUUGCACAGCGUCUGUCUCAUUCUUCAGUGAGGUUCCAGUGUUUCUUAUUUACAUUGCCGUGUUGUAGCCCAGUGUUUCGUGCUAAUGUAUGCUUGGAAACUCUUGUUUUAGCUCCAGAUUUGCCAGAGCAAACAUUUCAAUAGAUAAGCCGAUGGAUUUGCUCCUGUCAUGUAAACAAAGCCUUCAAGAGACAGCAGUAUCUGAUGUAUGGAAUCGUGCUUGUACAUUAGUGCAUUAUAUCCAAUUGCUCCAUGUGCAUUACCCGUGA